CAGAGCUGCUUCACUUAUCCAUUUGGUGGGAUGUUAUCACACCCAGUUUUGUUUUAACUCACAAAAGUUUGACUCUGGUUUAAGUCCUGGUGGAUUUUUCCUUAUGGGAGAUUUUCUUUGUGGGAGCAGCAGGAGCUAUGUAAAGCUGCUACCAAGGCAUCAAGAUGAUGUACCUACCUUGACAAGGGACCUGAGUCAUCAGACAGCUCAUAAAGGUGAGCAAUCAUAUGCAAACCUGCAUCACACUUUUCAUCCAAAAAGUUGUGUCUUGGAUGAUCUUGGCCAGGGAAUUGCCUCCGUGGAUGUAAAUGCAACCGUUCUGUACAAGAGAAAAUUGCAUAUUGGUAAGGAUAUGAUGAGAAAGACAUUAAUUAUGACAGGCUUAUUAGGGGUCUAUUUUGUUGCAAUGUGUUAGAUAAUUAUUGACUUGACUAGGAAUUUUAACUGGCGAUUUCACAUUUUGAGACUAAAAUAACAAAUGGAAAAAUUUACAAUUUUUUUUUUUUCUGCUUAGCCAUGUUUUUUCUGCUUAGCCAUCUAUGAUUUUAAUUCUCAAGUCAAUUCCUAAUAAUUAAAUGAAGAAUGCUGCAGGUGUUUUUUAUAAAGCUAAAAAAAAAAAAAAAGACAGUAAGUGGUAAAAGCCCUAUAGUACACUGUCGGAAUAUUAACUCGGUGUUAAAAUCUAAUAAAUGUCCAUGGGAUUCCUAAGUGGAUUAAAACAGCAGUGAAAUGUUAUACAAUGGAAUAACUGAGCCUAUCAAUGCCAUCCAGGCUGGCUGAAAUUGAUGCGGAUAAUGCCUUAGUGUAAACUCUUCAUUAUCAAGUAGGCAGAAGAAGGAGUUGUCUCUAAGUGCCAAGGGAAGGACAUUUUUUUGUUUACGUGUUUCACAAAAACCUGGGAAUGGUGCCCUGAUUGUAUUAUACAGCGCUGCGGAAUUUGUUGGUGCUUUAUAAAUAAAAAUAAAGUAUGGUUCCUUAAACUAUACUUUACAUCAAAUGUAAGCCCUGACUUUAUUAUGUUUAAUUUACAAGAACUAGGCUACCAGCAAGGCCUUAAAAGUUACUUGGCACUGCACUAAAUUUUCAUUUGCCAGUAGGUUAGUGGCCAGUGAAAAAUUGAAACGCUGAUAAAAUUAUAAUUUGUUGAUCCGGGAGGAUAGAGAGUUGGGAUUUUGGACUCACAAGGAAUUUGUCCUUAUAGAAACACUAUAGGGUCAGCAACAUAAACGUGGAUUCCUGACCCUCUAGUGUAAAACUAGCCCCCCUGCUGGCUCUGCCCCUGCCUGUUUGGCUGACAUCAUCAGAAGUGAUUCUUUAGGCCAAUCACAAUGCUUCCCCAUAGGAAAGCGUUGGAUUGGCUGAGAGUGUCAAGGAGGCAGAUUAAGAGCAGAGUCAGCACAAGUCAAACACAGCCCUGGCCAAUCAGCAUCUCCUCAUAGAUUUGUGUUGAAUCAAUGCAUCUCUAUGAGGAAAUUUCAGUGUCUCCCUAUGCAGAGAGUGGAGACAAUGAAUGACAAUGCUGCACACUGUGCAGCACUGCGCCAAGAAGCACCUCUAGUAGCCAUAUGCGGAGUAACCAGUGGAGGUAUCCCUAGACUGUAAUGUAAACACUGUAUUUUCUAGGAAAAGACAGUGUUUACUGCAAAAAUCCUGAAGGGAAUGCUUAUAUUCACCAGAACAAAUGCAAUAAGCUGUAGUUGUUCUGGUGACUAUACUGUCCCUUUAAAGUACAUAUAUGAGGAUUGUUGUAUUAUCAAGUAACACAUAGUACUCUCAGGAUUGUUGUAUAUCUUUAGACUGGAAAGUUAAAUCUUGAAUAGCCAGUUGUACGAACUGAAUGCCAUGUUUAACCAAGUUUAUAGUGAUUUAGGUAAAGUACCCUGUGUUUCUUCCAUAUCAUUGAUAUAUAAAGAAUUUUAUGAUAAAAAUAUUCUCUACAGAUGCAGAAAAAUGAGUGUCAUGGAUAUCACGAAGAUCUUCUCGCUGCUGAAACCCAAUGAGGAAGAAGAAGACCUUGCACAUGCACGUGAACUACAUUUAGCUGUCUCUAUGGAUAAUCCAGAAUAUCUUCAAUCUCUGCUUCUAGAAAAAAAAUACCUGCAAUUAAUCAACAGCCGGACUGGAUGGGGUGUUCCAGUUACUCCUCUUCGUCUUGCUGCCUCCAUGGGUUCGCUGGAAUGCAUGAAGAUCCUCUUGGCCAAUGGAGCAGAGGUUGACAUCCUUGAUGUGAAAGCUCAGACUCCACUUUUCACAGCGGUUAGUGCUGGGCACUAUGAUUGUGUGAGAGAGCUGCUGAAGGCUGGAGCCAGCCCUAGUGGCAGUAUAUACAAUAACUGCUCACCGGUGCUCUGUGCAGCCAGGGAAGGUAGGACAAAUAUCCUUCGGGAGCUUCUGGAAUAUGGGGCAGAAGCCAACGUCAGGUCCAAGUUGCCUAACUGGGCUGCUAACAAUACUUCAUCAACUGGACCAUUAUACCUUUCGGCUAUAUAUGGGCACUUGGAGUGUUUUAAAACUUUGCUUCUCUACGGGGCUGAUCCAGACUAUAACUGUUCAGACGAAACUCUCCUGAAAAAAAUCAAGCACCCCAAAACAGUCUUGGACAUCUGCCUGAAACAUGGAUGUAGAACACCUUUUCUGAAAUUGCUUGUUGAUUUUGGUGCUAAUGUAUACCUGCCAGAUAUCCACAUCAGUAAGUCAUUCCCUGACCUUGAGGCAAUGGAGCUUCUGGUGAGAGAGAGAGGUAAGAAAUUGGAAAAUUGAAUACUCUUGAGACAAUUCAUGUCCUAUUAUUGCUUCAUUCGGCUGAUAUAUACAGUUUGUAAGAAACAAACUCCAAACUUUAAAUGGACAUUCUAAACACCAUGACCUCUACAACACAUUGUAGUGGUUAUGGUGCAAAUAUUCUUUGGUUGUGGUUUCCUAAUUUCUUCUCAAAACAUUUUGAGCUUGAAAAAAGUAAUCCUGCUGCCUAAUGAUCGGUCUCUAAUCUGUCGUUCAGAUAAUGCCACCAGAGUGUAAUAAUAAUAUAUAUAAUUACAUACAGCUCCACCCAGUAAUUAGUUGUGUCGUCAAGCAUCUGUACUAUACAAGCCAUUGAUUUUGCAUGUGGUGUUCUAAGAGAUGCAGAGGGACAGUAUGUAAGCUAGAGCUGUGGCAGAGAAAUUGUGUUUCUCUACAGGAUAAAGAUCAGCACUGGAGAAAAGGUGAGGUAAGUUGGGCUUUAUGGGUUAUAUUUAAUUUAGCACUUUGCUUUCAACCGCUACCUUUCAUGGAGAUGUCAGCUAACUGUACCUCUAAAGUAAAUAUGAAAAUCAGCGUAAAUUAUUUUUAUCUAUUUGGAAUAUUAUACUGCAGUUCCACGCCUUGCUAAGCAGACAUCAAAAUACAUGCUCCUACCUUGUUUUAUGUUAUUUUUUUUUUCCAUAUGUUUUUAAUAUAGCUCUAGGUACCUUGUCCUUCCUUAUCUCCAAGCAAUAGGUAACUGUGGUAGGUCCCCUUAUUUAUUUCAGCUACCUAUACCCCCAAUUUACCAGCCCAAGGGAUGAGGAAGAGGUAGUUGAGACACGUUCAGAAGAAUAUCUGGUGAUCAAUACAAUUCUUCCCAACAUUAAUGAGGUGGAGGUGUUAACAGAUGGCAGACAGUGGCAGCUUAACAGUUUAUAUGAUAAACCCCCAAUUCAGGGAGAACUGUGUUCCUCUCAUUGUUAUGUGGGGAAGGAGAUCAUCUUGAUCCACAUAUCAAAGUAUUUUGAAGAGGUGGUCGGUACCUAGAAUGGCUGGCGACCAGUACAUGUUGUGUAAGAACUAUCAUGGUUAAUACCUAUUUUUACAAUUAUUUUAACUUUUUGUUUGCUGGUUGGUUGUAAAUACUGGCUGAUUUAUUUCAGGUUUUCCAAUAGUUUCAGUGUUUUUACCCAAUGUUGCCAACAGGUUUCACAUACACACGCAAAAAAAAAUCAAAAGACAAAGAGACCCAACUGAGUCCAGUGUCAAGUUCCAGAGGGACAGAACAUGGGCGGUAUAAUGACUUAUUACUCAUUACCUUUUUAGAGGUUGCAGUUAUUAGGGUUAAAGGGAAACUCCAGUGCCAGAAAAACAAUCCGUUUUCCUGGCACUGCAGGUCCCCUCUCCCUCCCACCUCCCAAUCCCCGGUUGCUGUGUCGCUGCUUCUUCCUCCGCUGCCGCUCCUCCUCUGCCUUAUGUCGGCUGGUGGGCGAGACUGAUCCCGCCCACCGACCGGGGAGACCUAAUGCGAAUGCGCGGCAAUGCUUUUCAAUGCUUUCCUAUUGGGAAUUGAGCGAUGCUGGAGUUCCUCACACAGUGUGUGCUAUAAUUCAGGAAGUGCCCUCUAGUGGCUGUCUAGUAGACAGCCACUAGAGGUGGAUUUACCAUGCAAGGUAAUUAUUGCAGUUUAUAAAAAACCUGCAAUAAUUACACUUGCAGGGUUAAGAGUAGUUGGAGUUGGCACCCAGACCACUCCAAUGGGCAGAUAAUAUCACUCAGUCCACCUCAAACUCUGUAAAACCCCAUCCACAAUUACACUCAGGCAGCCCAACACUCACAAGCAUAAUAUAUAUCAGGAGAGACACUCAAGUAAUGAUAUCACUCUCAACCAGUUCAGUGUAUCAGAACACUUACAUAUAAAUAUGUGUAUGGGCAUAGGCGUGCGCACGGGGUGUGCCGGGUGUGCCUGGGCACACCCUAAUCCCCAUGGCACGCCUAUGGUUUGAGUCCUGCAGGAACAGCGUUCCUGCACUUUUUUUGAGCAGGAACGCUGUUCCUGCAGGCACUCAGUGCCCCCUGUUUCACCUCUUGCCCCUGUCAUGGGGGGGGCAAGAGGUGAUGGAUCCCCACCCACCCUGCAGCUCAGCGCGCGGCGAGGGAGCUCUCUGCUGUCUGCUCUCUGCUUCCUCUCGCCGCGCGCUAAUGCCGGGAGCCGGAAUAUGACGUCAUAUUCCGGCUCCCAGCUCCAGCAGACAGCCCGCGCGGCGAGCAGGGAGCAGGGAGCAGAGAGCAGAGAGCAGAGAGCUCCCUCGCCGCGCGCUGAGCUGGAGAGCGGCGCUCGCCCCCACUGGACCCCAGGGAAAAGUCCACUCCAGGUAGGAGGCUGGGUGGAAUUUUUUUAAAUUAAAAUGUAAUAAUUUGUUCUUGUGUGUGUCUGUGUGUGUGUCUGUGUUUGAGUGUGUGUCUGUGUGUGAGUGUCUGUGUGUCAGUGUCUGUGUGUGUGUGAGUGUGUGUCUGUGUGUGAGUGUGUGUGUCUGUGUGUGUGUGAGUGUCUGUGAGUGUGUGUGUGUGUCUCUGAGUGUGUGUCUGUGAAUGUGUGUGUUUGUGUGUCUGAGUGUAUGUGUUUGUGUGUCUGAGUGUAUGUGUUUGUGUGUCUGUGAGUGUUUGUGUGUCUGAGUGUUUGUGUGUCUGAGUGUUUGUGUGUCUGAGUGUCUGUGUGUGUGUGUGUGUGUCUGUGAAUGUGUGUGUGUCUGUGAGUGUAUGUAUGUGUCUGUGAGUGUAUGUAUGUGUGUGUGUCUGAAUGUGCCUGUGAGUGUGUGUGUGUACGCAUAUAUAUAUAUAUAUAUAUAUAUAUAUAUAUAUAUACACACACACACACACACACAGAGCCGGCGCUAUCUGAGUGUCGGCUCUGCUCUAAGCCUCCAUGGGCCAGCGGGGAGACCAAAGAUCUACCUCACCGGCCCACAGCAGCAUGGAGGGAGGCAGGAGAGGACCCAGGGAGCUCUAGACAGAUGCUCCGCCAGGUUCCUCUCGCAAUAUCUGAGUGUUGCUGCGGCAACGCUCAGAUCUCGCGAGAGUUAACUCUAGCCCCGCAAGCUAGAGUUCACUCUCCACUGGACCACCAGGGAUGGAACAUGGCAGCAAGGAUUUACUAAUCUGCCAAAUCCCUCCAAACAUACAGCACACACACAUACAGCACCUACACACAUACAGCUCACACACACACAGUACACUAACCGCACCCUCACAAACACACACAGCACCUUUAAAAAAAACACAACACCCUCACACACACACACAACACAGCACCCUCACAAAUACACGACACUCACAUAAACAGCACCCUCACAGGACAAACAUACACACACAAACACCCUCACACACAAACAGCACAGUCACAAACACAUACACACACACACAAACACCCUCACAUCACACUAACAGCACCCUCACACACACAUCACACUAACAGCACACACAGCAGUGUAUGUGUGUGUGUGUGUGUAUAUAUAUAUAUAUAUAUAUAUAUAUAUAUAUACAUACACACACACACACACGCGGCGUGUGUUUGUGCUUUAGGGUGCACACCCUAAUGCAAUAGGCUGCGCACGCCUAUGUGUAUGGGUUAUGGCAAAGUUCUAACUCUGAGCUAUGUUCCUGAUGAAUCUCUGUUUGGCCCAUACUGUGAAAUUGCACUUUGAAACUGCAUACCAAGGCUCUACAGAUUUAAUCUCCUUUAAAGAGACCACAAAUACUCACAGCAUAAAACUAUGUAUUAACUUUAUUUAGAGCAUACAGCCACUGUACAAUGCACUCACAUUUUCCAGCAUCAUGAAAUAGUGCAAUAAAAGCAAGUGGUAUAAAAUAUAGAAUAAAAAAAAUCAGACAGAGCCUCUCACCCAAUGCGUUUCAUUUAUAGGAGACGUCUUCAAUUGUAUAAAAUCCAUGGAAGGCACAGCUGUAAUUUGGUAUCUACUUCAAUGUUCGGGAUCCAAUGUGCUUUUUUUAUGCAAACAAUAUAAUACAUCUUGGUUUUCGAUAUGCAUUCCUGCUUGGAACGCAAACUUCCGGUUCUCAGAUAGAAUUACAAUGUGUUAUACUCUGGUAUGAAGUCGUCCUUAUUACUGAUAUCAAGUGCCAAAAGUCUCCUAUCAGGGCCGGACUGGGAAUUAAAAGCAGCCCUGGAAAAAAAAUAUUUACCAGCCCCAUAAUGCGUCGCGCCAGCAUAGUGUGCAGAUACAGAGUUAGAAAAGAGAACUUAAAAUUUAUAAUUAUUACUCCAACGUAAAAAAAAGCACUCAUAGGCUUCAAACUAAACAAAAGUACAGAUUUAUUUUAAGCAGACGGCCUUUGCAUGUAAUCAAUGUUUCAGUCCAACUACCUUGACAUAUUAAGGAAAGCUUGUUAAUGGGACUGAAAUGGUGAAUGUACGUAGGGCACAACUGUAAAAAAUGACAUUAUCUUGUUUGUUUGGAAGUCCUAUGGGUGCGCUCUUCACUUUAAAUAUGUUAUUGUGCUGGAGUAUGCACCUAGCAACAAGACUGGGCCAAUAUCUGCUCAUUACAUAUGAUACAUAUUAAUCACAUUUCUCUGUGUAUUAUGCAUAUAUAAAUAUACAUUAAUAUAUGUGUAAAUAUAAUAGGUGGGUAUAUAUAUAUAUAUAUAUCUCUAAUACACACAUUAAUCUACAUGUCACAUACCAGUGGCGGAUCCAGAGCCUGACCUCGGAGGGGCACUUGUGGAUUAUUUAAAGAAAUAAUCCAUGCACAAUAACCACUACUGCUCUGUGUACUGGUUAUGGUGCCAGGAGUGCCGGGACCGUGUCCCAGGAUAAGUCGUCAAACCGUUUAAGAACAGUUUAAAACUUACCUGGGGUCUGCUGGGAUAUGGGGCUGUAGUAGGUUAUAGGAGCAGUGGUUCAGUGUGUGUGUGGGGGGGGUGUAGAGUAUAAAUGUGUAGUGUAUGGGGGCUGUGUAUGUGUGUGGGGGGCAAUGUGUGCAUGGGGGCAGUGUGUAAAUGUGUAUGGUGUGUGUGUAUGGGGCAAUGUGUAUAUGGGGGGGCAGUGUGUGAAUAUGUAUGGUGUGUAUGGGGGCAGUGUGCGAAUGUGUAUGGUGUGUGUGGGGGCAGUGUGUGUAUGGGGCUAGAGUUCACUCUCACCACUGCAACCACCAGGAAUCCCUGGUGGUCGCAGUGGUGAGAGUGAACUCUAGCCUGUAGCUCCAGGGCUAGAGUUCACUCUCGUGAGAGCCAGAGCGUUGCCGUGGUAACCGCGGCAACGCUCUGUGCUCGCGCGAGAAUGACCCAGAGGAGCUGCAGGCUGAGCUCCCGGGUCCUCUCUUCCACCCUCCUCUGCCGGCUGCCCGCACGGUGCCUGUAGAACGGGGAGGGAGAUUGGCCGGCAGGGGAGAGCCUAGUGGGGGGGGGGAAUUGCCCCGUUGCCCCCACGGAUUUACCUGUGAUAUAUACAGCCCCUAUGUGUGUCUCUUUUUAUCUCCAGUCCCUCUGUAUGUUUCUUUCUCCCCCUCACUGCCAGUGGCAUCACUAGAGGGGGGGGCCAGAGGGGGCCAUGACCCCCCCCCUACAUCAUGCUGUGCCCCCCCAAAUGCUGGCAACUUGCUGGCCAUGUUCUUACAUUCUAUUCUCUCGUACUGUUACAGCCUGAGGGAAUGCAGUGCUGGGUAUUGUCUGUGGAGAGAUGCUGAGGCACUGACAGGCUUCCCGGCACAGGCCCCGCCCCCAAACCAAGCCCCACCUCCCGCACAUAGCCCCACCUCCGCCGUUAAGCAGCAGACCUUACUGCUGUUGGAAUUCCAGAAGAUGGCUGUCUGACCCCCAGCAACAGCCUCCAGUGACAGGUAGGCUUGGUGUGUGUGUGUGUGUGUCUGUCUGUCUGCUAGUGAGGAAGCUUGUGUGUGUGUGUGUGUGUGUAUGGACUCAGCAGUCUGUGUGUGUGUGUAUAGACUCAGCAGUCUGUGUAUGUCUGUGUGUGUAUGGACUCAGCAGUUUGUGUGUCUGUGUGUAUGGACUCAGCAGUCUUUGUGUCUGUCUGUGUGUGUAUGUGUGUGUAUAUGGACUCAGCAGUCUGUGUGUGUGUGUGUAUGGACUCAGCAGUUUGUGUGUCUGUGUGUUUGUAUGGACUCAGCAGUCUUUGUGUCUGUGUGUGUCUGUGUGUGUCUAUGGACUCAGCAGUCUGUUUGUGUGUACUCAGCAAUCUAUGUGUGUGUAUGGACUCAGCAGUCCAUGUGUCUGUGUGUGUGUAUGGACUUAGCAGUCUGUGUGUGUGUGUGCAUGGACUCAGCAGUCUGCGUGGAUUCAGCAGUCUGUGUGUGUGUGUGUGUUUGUGGGUGUGUGUAUGGACUCGGCAGUCUCUGUGUGUGUGUAUGGCCUCAGCAGUGUGUGUGUGUGUCUGCUAGUGAAGAAGCGUGUGUGCAUGUGUAUGUCUGUGUGUGUAUGGACUCAGCAGUUUGUGUGUGUAUAUGGAUACAGUGCCACUAUGGCACUGUAUCAAGGGAAAUGUGUUUAUUUUUUAAUAAUCCGUGGUGGAAAAUAAUGAAUCCACCACCAGGGAUUAUUAAAAAAAACACACACAUUGUGUCGGGGGUGGGGCUUAACAUGUGGCAGGGGCGGGGUCAAACUGCAGCGAGGGCGGGGUUAAAUGUGCCCCCCUACUUUUGUCCCUGGCCAACCAUGUGCCCCCGUAAAAAUGAAUCCUAGAGACACCACUGCUCACUGCUCCUCUUUGUCCAUGUCUCCCCUCUCCUUCACAGUUUCUCUCUUCCCCCUCUGCCUCUUUCUCCCCCUCCCCUUAUGUGUCUCUCUCCUUUCUCCCUCUGUCUCUCUCUCCCCCCUUUCCCUGUGUCUCUCUCUCCCCCACAUCUCUCUUCCCCUCUGUCUCUUUCUCCUCCCGUAUGCUGUGCUGGGAAUUGUGGGAACUGCAACGGAGCAUGAUAGACAUGCUCCUCCCUCCUCCUUCAGUCCUCAGCAUUAGUGGCAGGUGUUCCGCCGGACCGGCGAGGCUGCCACCCGGCCCGACGGCUCCAGCAUGGAACGCGGCCGGUCCCCUCAGAGGAGUGUGCCACCGAACCGGCCACUACAUGCACAGCGCAGCCCUCAGAUGCCGUGGCCCACCAUGAAAUUUCCCGGUAUCCCGGUGGGCCAGUCCGGCCCUGUCUCCUAUACUGUCCUGGGAACCGAGGAAAUAUUUGAGUUCCUAAAUGCCAUCUAUUUUUUUAUGAAAAGGAAGAGAAAGUUCCCACUUCCCAGCAUGCCAGCCUAUCAUAUGACAUAUCACUGGAAAGCCCAGUAUGUCCUCUUUACAAUACAGCAGGGAUUGAAAGAGUAGCUCAAAAGAAUAAAAGGAGAUGCAUGUGAACCAAGUUUGCAGUACAGAGGAUACAAGUUAAUGGGCUGGGUCUCAGGAGGAUAUACUCCAGAUUGUCCAUACAUUGUCCUCAUAUCAAUAAAAUCUGCAUCAUCCACCCAAACACUAUAACUUGUUAUGGCACACUGGCAAAAGACAAAUCACCACAAGGAACAUCCACAGACAAGAUUAGUAUCAUAAAGGAAUAUGAUCCACCGUGGAGCACAGGAGUACUCAGAACAUUCCAGCAUUGCAUGCAUUCCACAGUGGCAAAUAAACUCAAACAAAGGGAGUAGCAUAUAAAUCUACAUGAACAAAUAUAGAGAAAUAAUUAGAUAUGUUGAAUAAAAACGCCAUCAAAUUAUGUAUACAGAGGGCAAUCCAUAUGAAAGAGUCUCACAAACACCUAUCAUAGGGCAGAUUUAAACACAUUGUGUGGCAGCUGCAAGAGAAUUGACAUUUUAUCUUUCAUUUUGAAAGUAUUACUGUGAAUUAAAUUAGCACAGCUGAUCUAACAGCAGGUUAAAUAUAGAAUCCCAUUAUGUUAACGUUACCAAAAGUCUUCAGCAAGUGUUAAAACAUUCAUAAUUAGAUAGCUGUUACUCACAUUUUACAGCACAUCACAACUGUCAGCCUCAUCUGUGUAACAAGUGAAAAAUGCCACAUUACAUGUUUUAUAAAAUGUAUUAAAGGAACAAUCCAAGCACCAUAAAAUCACUGUAGUGGUUUUGAUGCCAGGAUUGUCCUGGCACCCUCCCAGGGUAAGAAGUCAAAAUGUUGUGUCCUGGGGUCUGCUGGGCAGCAACAAACCCUGUCUUCUGUGAAGCCGGAAGCUAAUACAAGGAGCUUCCAUUCGCUUUUCUAAAAAACUCAGUGGCGGAGGGCGUCUGCUGAGCUCUCAGUCACUAAACCCCCUGUCGGCACUGCCAGGCAGCCUGGUAGACGGCAACAGAUACCCAUCUGACCCUAGGUAACUUGUUAUAAUGUUCUUAAACGGUUUGAUAGCUUGGCCCAGGAGGGUACAGUGGGCUGUAGUAGUUAUGGUACUUGAAGUGUUCCUAACAGGGAGUCUCAAAAACGCUAGCACAACAUUUUUAUACUAAUGAACAUUUCGGCUGCGAAAUAUGUUGGCGCUUUAUAAAUGCCAGUAAUAAAUAAAUAAAUACACCUUAAAUCAAGGAACAAUGUAGGUACUGUAACUGCUUCAUUUCAGUGAUGUGAUAAUAGUGUCUGGAGUCUGGAGUCCCGUCCUCCUAUUUAGCAUUUACCUGUUUUAAAUGAAUUUUUAAAUGAGGGUCCCCAGCAGCCCUUCCCCUUGUGCUGUUUAAUAUAACGAGGAAGCAUUAGCCCGAGAAGAAAUGGGCAGCUGUUAUUGGUUGAGAAUGUCAGCUUAUCUUUUUGAGCCUAUUACAGCGACCACUGCUGGUAUGAAUUGAUAUAAUUAGAAAGAAGUGUGUAAUAUCUCAGUGAGCCAUAUCUUUAGUAGGAGCUGGGCUAUGGGUAGCCAGGGACUCUCACUGAGUGUUAAACUGCUGGGAAAUGGUUUAACAUUGGAUUGAGGGACAGUGCAAGGGGUGGGGGAGUCCAGGCACUAUAACCAAUUAAAUUAGAUAAAAUGAUUUUAGUGCCUACAGUGUCCUUUUAAUCUAGCAGGGACUUACAUGGUAUCAGAGUUAUUCCUUAAUCAUGUGAUGGUUACAGGAAAGAGCUCAAAUCUUGUAGGAAUAGAGGCUCUAUGGACCAUUCAUUGCUUUUCCCCACUAUUUUUGUAAUAUCAUGUUAUUGCAACGGUCAGUAACAUUUUCAUACUUGUCAAUGCUGGUAUGUUUGAAGGUGGGAGAGGAGAUGGAGUACUGCCACAACAAUCAAAUAUAGUUCAAAAGUCCAGUAAGUAAAGUUAUAAUAUAUUAUCAAAACCUAUAUCCCAGAGGGCAAAAUAUCAACACAGUAUCCACAGAUGAGCACUCAGGUAUGUACUUAUAAAGUAAAGAAAAGCUGUCAGUUAACAUAAGAGUUCAUUGAAAAAGCUGGGCUCAGAGGGAACAAUCUAUAUGGAUGGUAAUUAUGAUAGAAAUACAAUGUUUCAAUUAUAACAUCACACAAUGUCUGAACAAGGGAAAUAUUCCCAUUUAUAGGUGGAGACUCUGAUUCCUAUUAACUAAAGCAGUGUCAGCAGUUGAUAUUUUGCCAUCUGGGAUAUAGGUUUUGAUAAUAUAUUAUUACUUUACUUACUGGACUUUUGAACUAUAUUUGAUAUAUUGCCAUUUGGCCAGCAAAUUUCCAUUAGAUUUCCCUUUUUAACCACGGACACAAUUUGCACGCUUUCUUUUCAAAUUUUCUUAGUAUUAUUAUUUUUUAUGUCGCAUGACGCAAUAAAGGUUACGUUUAUUUGAUAUAUUAUAUUAUUUAUUUUCUAGUACUUGUCGCCCUUUUGAGCUAUAUACUAUCUUUUGUGAGGCACCAAGAUUUAGUCUGGUGGCCUCUCUCCAUAUCGCACAGUCACGCAGUACUUGUUCCUUUUCUGCUCUCUCGAAUUAUAUAUGGGGUUAGGCCCCUCUCUGACCCAUAUAGUCCACCCUCUGACUAUUGGGCUAAGCAUUGUUAGACCCUUUAGUCUUUUUCUUUUGUAUGUCUUUGCAUAAAUCAAGAUUGCCCUUAUAGUAUUUUAUUUACACCAGUCAAUAACACUGUAACCUCCCAGGGCCAUUUUAGCUAUGCAAUGCUUUUCAUCAGUUCCAAAAUGUCUUACAAAAAGUCAUCUGCCUUUACACCCUGUUUCAAAUUAUUGUGCAAAUUAUAUUUUUCUCAUUUACCUAAAUAAUUUAUGCAAAUAAUAACAGUCACCAUAAUUCUCAUGUUAUCAACUAUUAAGAGUACAAUUUAAAUUUUAUUGCACAAACCUCCUAAUGAUAACAGUAUUUUUUUUGAAACAUAAACUUACAAUGCACUGUUCCAAAUUAUUACGCACAGUAAGUUUCAAAACACUUUAUAGGUUGUAAAGAACUAAAAAAUUUCAUUUGUUGUGUUUGCAGCAUAUUUAUUGAAAUCAAAAGCAAUUUCAAUCAAACUUAUAACAACAUUUUAACUUUUUAAACAUUUUAACAGGUCACGUUACAUUUCAACAUAGGACCCCUUAUUUGAUAGAAGCUUCACAAGUCUUGCAUCCAUUGAACUUGUGAGUUUUUGGACAGCUUCUGCUUGAAUUUGUUUGCAAGAUGUCAGAAUAGCCUCCCAGAGAUGCUGUUUGGAUGUAAACUGUCUCCCCCCCCCAUAGAUCUUUUGCUUGAGGAUGCUCCAAAGGUUCUCAAUAGGAUUGAUUUCAGGGGAGGAUGAAGGCCACACCAUGACUUUCUCUCCUUUUAUCCCCAUAGCAGCCAUUGAUGCAGAGGUAUUCUUUGCAGCAUGAGAUGGUGCAUUGUCAUGCAUGAAGAUGAUUUUAUUACGGAAAGCAUAGUUCUUCCUUCUGUACCAGGGAAGAAAGUGGUCAGUCAGAAACUCCACAUACUUUGCAGAGGUCAUCUUUACACCCUCGGGGACCCGAAAGGGGCCGACCAGCUCUCUUCCCAUGAUUCCGGCCCAAACCAUGACUCCGCCACCACCUUGCUGACGUCGCAGCCUUGUUGGAACAGGGUGGCCGUCCACCAACCAUCCACUACUCCAUCCAUCUGGACCAUCCAGGGUUGCACGGUACUCAUCAGUGAACAGGACUGUUUGAAAAUUAGUCUUCGUGUAUUUUUCUGCCCAAUGCAGCCGUUUCUGCUUGUGAACAUUGGUUAGUGGUGGCCGAAUAGAAGGUUUAUGCACAGUUGCAAGACUCUGGAGGACUCUACACCGUGAUGUCCGUGGGACUCCAGAGGCACCAGCAGCUUCAAAUAUCUGUCUGUCUGCUGCUAUGUAAUGGUAUUUUAGCAGCUGCUGUCUUGAUCCUAAGCAUGGAUCUGGCAGAAAUCUUCCUCAAUGUGCCUUUAUCUGCACAAACCCGUCUGUGCUCUGAAUCAGCCACAAAUCUCUUAAUAAUGCGAUGAUAACGCUUACGUUUUCGUGAAAUAUCUAAUGUUUUCAUACCUCGUCCAAGGCAUUGAACUAUUUCACUCUUUUCGGCAGCAGAGAGAUCCUUUUUCUUCCCCAUAUUGCAGGAAAAUGGUGAUCUGCUUAAUAAUGUGGAACACCCUUGUAACGGCACCCUCAGCAUAAAAGGGGUUAAAAGCCGUUUAGUAGAUCUUCCCCUUUCAGAUGCACAGGCACAGCUACUGCAGAACACCAAUCCGCCGAACAGGAAACCAUACGAAUGCUGUAAACAGCUGAAUAGGAAAAACCAUACGAAUAGGUUUACACUCCUAGCAGUCAAACUGGAACAGCAUACAAUAAAUCCCCCCAAGAACGAGACAAGGCUCUGUUUUGAGGGUCAAGCAGGAACAGACAGAGCUGUGGGUUUAUUGUGCUUAUGUACACAUUCUUACACAUUAGUACCAUCCACAGGGUUUUGGAACACAACCAAUAAAUACAUACAAUACACUCAGACACUCCCACACAAAAUCCUCCCCUCUGCCUGUGAUUCAAUUACCUUACACAAUGGGUAAUAUAAUUUUAACAAGCAGAGAAAUAAUUUUUUUCCAUAUUAUUCAUAACUUGAAAAGUAUGCAUCACAUUUAUAUAUAAUUUACAUUUUCAGAAUCAGCAUACUCCAAAUACAAACAUACGUCAAAAUCAUACAAAUUGGUCCAGUGGUUCAAAAGAUAGAUCGUACUCCUUUUCUGCCCAAAACCAGUUCCACAGAGUCUUCUAUCCUGGAGAUAAUUGGAAAGUAAUCCAAUUAUCUCCUAGGACAGAGGCAAAACUCCAUUGAACACAUGGCAGCAAAAGACAAUAAAACACAUAAAAACAUAUAACUGUGCAGCCAUUGCACAAAACAGGUACAUUCAACAUAUCCCCAGAUAGCUCAGAUCUGAGCGCACAUUAUUACUGAAUGGCGCUCAGAGCACACACAUACAGUUCAAUUGCCAUGGAGCCAAAGUCUUUCCCAUAGUCUUUCAUUAUACGAAUGGGCUCCAUGGCAUAGCUAUCUGGAGUAUCACCGCUCAAACAGGGCAAGCACCAAAUGACCCGGCUUUCAUGUCUUUGCAGGGGAAAAUCAAGCCUUUUAACAUGGGGCCAUAAUCCAAAGGCAACAGGCGAGCAACCAGGCUUCUUCAAUGCAAUGUGGCGAGAUUGGUCUCGUCACAACCCUCCUUUAGUAGUUUUUCCUUAAAUUGGGCUCACCGGGCAAUUUAAUUAUCACAGGUGUCCGAGAUUGUUUUCAGUGAUCAAAAGAGCCCUGAGACACAAUGCCAUCCAUGAAUUAAACUGAAAAACAAAAUAUUUAAUCUUUGUAACACUUAAAUAGAAUUAGCAUAAUAAUUUGGAACAGGGUGUAAAGUGCAUUCCUUCCAGGAGUUCACUACUGAAAGUGUGUUUUUAGAUCUCAUUCUGACAGAAGUGGCCUGAGCCAGUUUUGAACAAUAUUGUUGACUUCCUGGCUGUAUCUUACACAUAAAAACAGUCUUAGCCACAUUGAUAUUAUCCCACUAUGAAAUCAAGAACAUGAGAUGAAACAGUUUGACAUGAUGGAAGCCCCUUUCCUAUACAUAUUGUGAAUAGAAUAUAAAUCAGCAGCACUAAAGGGACACUCAAAGCAUUAGAAGCACUACAGCUUAAAUGACCUCUAAAGUCACCCAGACCACUUCAUCUCAGGCGGCAGAAACAUCAAUGUUAGAAACAUAGAAACAUAGAAUGUGACGGCAGAUAAGAACCAUUCGGCCCAUCUAGUCUGCCCAAUUUUCUAAAAACUUUCAUUAGUCCCUAGCCUUAUCUUAUAGUUAGGAUAGCCUUAUGCCUAUCCCAUGCAUGCUUAAACUCCUUUACUGUGUUAACCUCUACCACUUCAGCUGGAAGGCUAUUCCAUGCAUCCACUACCCUCUCAGUAAAGUAAUACUUCCUGAUAUUAUUUUUAAACCUUUGUCCCUCUAAUUUAAGACUAUGUCCUCUUGUUGUGGUAGUUUUUCUUCUUUUAAAUAUAGUCUCCUCCUUUACUGUGUUGAUUCCCUUUAUAUAUUUAAAUGUUUCUAUCAUAUCCCCCCUGUCUCGUCUUUCCUCCAAGCUAUACAUGUUAAGAUCCUUUAACCUUUCCUGGUAAGUUUUAUCCCGCAAUCCAUGAACCAGUUUAGUAGCCCUUCUCUGAACCCUCUCUAAGGUAUCAAUAUCCUUCUGAAGAUACGGUCUCCAGUACUGUGUACAAUACUCCAAGUGAGGUCUCACCAGUGUUCUGUACAAUGGCAUGAGCACUUCCCUCUUUCUACUGCUAAUGCCUCUCCCUAUACAACCAAGCAUUCUGCUAGCAUUUCCUACAUUGUCUGCCUACCUUUAAGUCAUCAGAAAUAAUCACCCCUAAAUCCCUUUCCUCAUAUGUUGAGGUUAGGACUCUAUCAAAUAUUCUGUACUCUGCCCUUGGGUUUUUACGCCCAAGAUGCAUUAUCUUGCACUUAUCCACAUUAAAUGUCAGUUGCCACAAUUCUGACCAUUUUUCUAGUUUACCUAAAUCAUUUGCCAUUUGGCUUAUCCCUCCUGGAACAUCAACCCUGUUACAUAUCUUAGUAUCAUCAGCAAAAAGACAUACCUUACCAUCAAGACCUUCUGCAAUAUCACUAAUAAAAAUAUUAAAGAGAAUGGGUCCAAGUACAGAUCCCUGAGGUACCCCACUGGUGACAAGUCCAAGCUUCGAAUAUAUUCCAUUAACUACAACCCUCUGUUGCCUGUCACUCAGCCACUGCCUUAGCCAUUCAACAAUAUUUGAAUCCAAACUUAAAGAUUGCAGUUUAUUGAUAAGCCUUCUAUGUGCAACAGUGUCAAAAGCCUUACUGAAAUCUAGGUAAGCAAUGUCUACUGCACCACCCUGAUCUAUAAUUUUAGUUACCCAAUCAAAAAAAUCAAUAAGAUUAGUUUGGCAUGAUCUCCCUGAAGUAAACCCAUGUUGUCUCUGAUCUUGAAAUCCAUGUGUUUUUAGAUGUUCAUCAAUCCUAUCCUUUAACAUGGUUUCCAUCACUUUCCCCACUACUGAAGUAAGGCUUACUGGCCUAUAGUUGCCCGACUCCUCCCUAUUACCUUUCUUGUAAAUGGGCACAACAUUCGCUAACUUCCAAUCUUCUGGGACUACUCCUGUUAACAAUGAUUGGUUAAAUAAAUCUGUUAAUGGUUUUGCUAGUACACCACUAAGCUCUUUUAAUAGCUUUGGGUGCAUUCCAUCAGGUCCCAUUGACUUAUUUGUCUUUACUUUUGACAGUUGAAAUAGAACCUCUUCCUCUGUAAACUCACGUGUAAUAAAUGACUCAUUUAUCCUUUUUCUCAACUGAGGUCCCUUUCCUUCAUUUUCUUCUGUAAAUACAGAACAAAAAUAUUCAUUGAGGCAGUCAGCCUGACCUUUAUCCUCUUCUACAUACCUUCCUUCUUUUGUUUUUAAUCUAACUAAUCCUUGUUUUACUUUUCUUUUCUCAUUUAUGUAUCUAAAAAAUGUUUUAUCCCCUUUUUUACUGACUGUGCUAUUUUCUCUUCUGUGUGUGAUUUGGAAGCUCUUAUAACUUGCUUAGCCUCUUUCUGCCUAAUCUUAUAGAUCAUUUUGUCUCCCUCACUCUGGGUUUUUUUAUAAUUCCUAAAUGCUAACUUUUUGUUUUUAACUAUUUUGGCCACAUCUGCGGAGUACCACAGUGGUUUCUUGAAUUUUUUGCUUUUACUGACAAGCCUAAUGCAAUUUUCUGUUGCCUUCAAUAGUGCAACUUUUAAAUAAUCCCAUUUCUCUUGGACUCCAUUUAAAUUGCUCCAGUCUGAUAAUGACUCCUCUACCCAUAUUCUAAUUUUAGAAAAGUCUGUUUUUCUAAAGUCUAAAACUUUUGUUUUUGUGUGGUGUGACUCAGUCACUGUUCUUAUAUUAAACCACACUGACUGAUGAUCACUGGAUCCUAAACUUUCACCUACAGUAAUAUCUGAUACCAAAUUUCCAUUUGUUAACACUAAAUCUAGUAUGGCCUCUUUACGAGUUGGCUCCUCAACAACUUGUUUUAGAGACAAUCCCAGUAGGGAGUUUAGAAUAUGUGUGCUCCUGGCACAAGUAGCUAAUUUUGUUUUCCAAUUUACAUCAGGAAGAUUAAAGUCACCCAUGAUGAUAACUUCCCCCUUCAUUGUCAUUUUAGCUAUUUCCUCAACUUGUAGAUUAUCUAACUCUUCAAUUUGUCCUGGGGGCCUAUAAAUCACACCUACACGAGUUACUGUGUGAUUACCAAAUUCUAACGUAGCCCAAACGGACUCUAUGUUUGCCUCACUAACUUUUAUUAGGCUAGAUUUUAUGCUAUCCUUCACAUACAAGGCCACCCCUCCCCCUUUCUUGCCUUCCCUAUCUUUCCUAUAUAAAGAGUACCCUGGUAUUGCUAUGUCCCAGUCAUUUUUCUCAUUGUACCAUGUCUCAGUAACAGCGACUAAAUCUACACUAUCAGUUGCCAUUAUUGCCACAAGUUCAUGGAUCUUAUUCCCUAAACUGUAGACAUGACUCUAAGCUUAUCAUUUUUUAACACACUUGCUACAGGCACCUUCUGUCCUUGUUUUGGGGGACAAUUGGAUUGAUGUUUUAUCACCCUUUUGCCCCCCCUCCUAGUUUAAAUACAUCCUAGCAAAACCUCUGAACUGCUCACUGAGAACAUUUGUUCCCUUUUGAGUGCUACUUCCAAGUGCUGUUUCUAAGUGUCUAGUUGGAGAUAUUCUGGAGAGUUUUACAGAAGCUUCAACUGUCUAAGAGUUGUGCUAAGAGCUUUCUUUUCUACUGUUACAGGUAAGAUUCAUCUGUAGGAAAAGGUUACUGAUUGCCCAAGGUUUGAAUUCCUGUUGGUAAUUAUAAGGCAUUUGAUUUGAUUAAGCUAGUUACUUGCUGUUGAUUGCUGGUUAAUUAGCUAUUGUUUGCAAAUAAGCAGAGGCCAACCCAGGUGUUAAACAUUCCUAGUGGGCGGUGAUUUAAGGAGUUAUAUAAGGCUUGGUCUCAUUAGCUUGUCUAAUAUAGCUUGGUGCUACUUCCAAGUGCUGUUUCUAAGUGUCUAGUUGGAGAUAUUCUGGAGAGUUCCUGGAGGUAAUCUGAGGUAUUCACGAGGAUAAAGAAAAAAGUUAAGAUUUGUUAAGAUUUAAAUUAUUCUCAUAAUUGGAAUGGCAGGCUUAGUUCAGUGUAACAAUUGCUAUGCAUUUGUUUCACGUUCCACUUUUUGGAGGUUUGGUUGUUGUCUAAUCUGUAGACAGUUCUAUAUCUUGCGGCAGGAGAUUGUGUUUUUGAAGUCUGAGAUUUGUAAAUUAUCUGGUGUAGAAACUCAGACUGGAACUGCUGCAAAGCCACUGCCGCAGAGACAUGCUAGGAAAGGCAGAUGGAUUACUGUAGGAUCUGGUAGACUUAGAGUUGUGGAUAAAAGGCAUUUUGCAUGUUUGCCUUGAAGGAAACGCCUCUAGUGGUGUGUUACAGAUAGCCAGUAGAGGCACCUCUGCAGCGACAGCCAGGUAAAAACGCAGUUACGUGAUGUUGCAACUCUUGGAUUCAAUGCUUUUCUAGGAGAGCAUUGGACACAGGCACGAUUGGCUAGUAAUGAGGAAGUGAUACUUUCUUGAUGGCGGAGAGGUCAGCAGCGCCGAUGGAGUCUCAGCGCAUGAAAAAGGGAAGUAUACACAACUCAAACAUUUUCUGAACACAGAUCAACCACUCUUACAAGGACAUAGAACUCACACUCUAUACGAGACCCAAUGCGCCCAACACACCAUCCGGAGGGGCCACAUCUCCUCCUUCUACAAACAAUUGUGCGGACGAACCGAAGAAAACUUACCAACCUACACAACCAAGUGGGAAGUGGAACUAGGGAUACAAAUACAAGCCAAAGAGUGGCAUAGAAUAUUUACCAACAUCUUCCACACAUCUAAAAGCAACAGCACACAUGAGAGCAACUACAAACGAAUAGCCAGAUGGCACUACACACCAACCCGCAUUAAUAGAUUCUUCCCCAACGCACCAGACACGUGUUGGAGGUGCAAAAGUGCAGAGGGAACCACAAGCCACAUCUGGUGGCUAUGCCCGAUAAUAAGUAAAUACUGGGCCCAGAUAAUGGACAUUAUACACACUAUCACAGGACACAGACUACCCCAAGACCCUAAAGUCCUGUUAUUUUUUAUGUAUUCCCACCCCCUACCCAAACACACACGCAUAUUGACCAACCACCUUCUAACGGCAGCAAAUGCCGCCAUCCCAACCAAAUGGAAACAAACCAGAAAAAAAAAAGGGGAGUAUAAUUUUAAAAAAAUAUAUCUUUAUUGUGGGGAGGGGGGAGGAAGAGCUAACCAGGUUUGUAUUCCUAACGCUAUAGUGCUCCUUUAAUGUAGUGGUUCUGCAGCAAAGAGGCUGUCCUUGCAGUCUAUAAAUUAUAGUCAUUACAUUUUUCACAGUUCCCAAUAUUGGUAGAUAUGAAAUCAGGAUGGGUGGGCAGUCCUUUAAAGGGGUCAAAUUGAGACACUGGGAGCUCCAUAAUAAGCAGGCCCACAUUGGAAAUGUACCACUGAAGGGGCAUGUCAGCUUGGCAUCAAACACACCUGGCCAUCGGGCAAACCGGACAAAUGCCCGGUGGGCCGCGAUGGGCCGGGGAGAUCACUAUCUGAGCGCCGGCCCCACUGUGUUCCAUGAUGGGCCGGUGGGGAGAUCAAACACUCAUAGCACCCUCACACACACUGCACCCCUGACACUCACAGCACCCCCCCACACACACACACUGCAACCCUGACACUCACAGCACAAACACACACACAUACACUGCACCCCUGACACUUCUCACAUACUCACAGCACCCACACUGCACCCUUGACACUCACAGCACCCACACUGCACCCCUGACACUUCUCACACACUUACAGCACCCACACUGCACCCCGACACUCACAGUACCCACACACAUAUACUGUACCCCUGACACAGCACCUACACACACAUACUGCACCCCUGACACACUCACAUACACCCACUGCACCCGACACACUGAGCACCCUCACUCACACACACACUCUGCACCCCUGACAAUGUAGUGGUUCUGCAGCAAAGAGGCUGUCCUUGCAGUCUAUAAAUUAUAGUCAUUACAUUUUUCACAGUUCCCAAUAUUGGUAGAUAUGAAAUCAGGAUGGGUGGGCAGUCCUUUAAAGGGGUCAAAUUGAGACACUGGGAGCUCCAUAAUAAGCAGGCCCACAUUGGAAAUGUACCACUGAAGGGGCAUGUCAGCUUGGCAUCAAACACACCUGGCCAUCGGGCAAACCGGACAAAUGCCCGGUGGGCCGCGUUGGGCCGGGGAGAUCGCUAUCUGAGCGCCGGCCCCACUGUGUUCCAUGAUGGGCCGGUGGGGAGAUCAAACACUCACAGCACCCUCACACACACUGCACCCCUGACACUCACAGCACCCCCCCACACACACACACUGCAACCCUGACACUCACAGCACAAACACACACACAUACACUGCACCCCUGACACUUCUCACAUACUCACAGCACCCACACUGCACCCUUGACACUCACAGCACCCACACUGCACCCCUGACACUUCUCACACACUUACAGCACCCACACUGCACCCCGACACUCACAGUACCCACACACACAUACUGUACCCCUGACACAGCACCUACACACACAUACUGCACCCCUGACACACUCACACACACCCACUGCACCCCGACACACUGAGCACCCUCACUCACACACACACUCUGCACCCCUGACAAUCACAGCAACCUCUCUCACACACACUGCACCCUUGACAUUCACAGCACACACACACUGCACCCCUGACACUCAGCACCCACACACACUGCACCCCUGACAUUCACAACACACACUGCACCCCUGACAUUCACAGUGCACACGUACACACACUGCAACCCUGACAUUCACAGCACACACACACACACUGCACCCCUGACACUGAGCACCCUCACUCAAUCACAGCCCCUUACACACACACUGCACAAUACUCUUUCCUGGCAUUUUUGUCUCCUGGUAUCCCAUCUAUGGAGACACCAGAGACAUAUUUCAAGCAAACUUAGUGCAAGCAUGUUAUUAAAUUUGCUUGCGCUGUGCAGAACAAAUAGGGGGCCUUUUUCUCAUGCUAGAGCUCUUCAUCAGAUCUCUGCGCAUGGUGUGCCCUGGAAGAGCAUUGAACCUACAUGCUCACUUUAUGAUGGGGCAUGCUUGUCAUUGGUGAUGACAAAACACACCCUAUCUGGCCCUGCCCCUUUCAGUGGGCCAUUGUAAUUAAAAAAUGCCCAGGCUGAAUUUUCUUCCCAGUUCGGCCCUGCACCUGGCUGACAGACAGUCUCUCAGCCAGCACUCAACCUACAGGACUAUGCAGAGAACACUGCUGCAGUGCUCUCUGCAUGAUCCUAGUACCUGCUGCACAGCCCGAGCACAUGACACCAGGGACAUGACCCUGAAACGUGACUGUUCCGCCAAAAGCGGGACAUUUGGGACAUCGUCGGUUGCGGAGGGCGGGGGUGUACAGGGGGAAUUGCUAAAUGUUAAAUGUGAAGAAGUUUUCAGAACAGAACAAACCUGGUAUGGUAAGAGAGAGGAGCCUUAAAUCUGGGACUGUCCUUCCAAAUCCUGGUCUAUUCAGAUGUAUUAUGAUUAUGAUGUUUCUUUUUAAGUAGGCCAUAUUGUAAUACAUUCUAUUUUAAUUGAUAGACAAGCAUCAAAUUGUGACAUUUAUGUAAUCAAGUCCAUCACACGGCAACCCGCCAGAGUAGAGCAUGUUUAUUAUAGCAGUUUUAAAUAAUGGGUUGGCUAUUUUUACAGUAUAUUUGAAAUUUGAAGCAUUGUUUUUUUUUUGUUUUGUUUUUUAAAACAGAACACAAUAGGGACGUUGUGUAUCAGUAACAAAUUGUGCUUCAGUACAAUUCAGUAAGCAAAUUAUGUUAUUGUCAUGUUAUUGUACUGAAGGUGUUCAUGGAGUAGAAUAUAUAUGUAGUGUGCAUGAAUGAAUGAUUGGAAUGUAAGGGAUAGAGUGUCAAAAGCAAUACUUAGAGAAUGCUAAAUACCAGUGUAAAAUAACAUCUGAUUCAUAUAAGAUCAGCACGGUUAUUCGCUUAUGUGAAAUUUUAAAGUGAAUUUCAAAUGCAUGGUAAAGAUGGAUGAAUUUUAAACAUUCUCUAAGUCAGCUAUGUUUCCAGUUCAGCUACUUUGGCCUUAAAGGGGCACUAUAGGCACCAAAACAACUUUAGCUUAAUGAAGCAGUUUUGGUGGGUAUAGCAUGCCCCUUUAGUCUUCCUGUUCAUUUUGUUUCCAUUUAUGAGUUAAUCACUUUGUUUAUACAGCCCUAGCCACACCUCCCAUGGAUGUGAUUUUCACAGCCUUCCUGAACACUUCCUGUGAAUAAAGAUCUAAUGUUUAAACUUCCUUUAUGGCACAUUGUUUUAUUUAGAAGUUUGCAUCCUUUUAAGGAUUUAAUGUAAAAACAUUACAUGAGUGUACCCAUUCUUUCUGACAAAGAGACAUUAUUAAGCAAGGUUAAGUACGCAUUUUAUAAAAGUAUGUGAUAUAUAAAAUGGUCAAAUAUUUUGCUUAUUGUUGCUUUUCAUUAAUGUGUUGGUAUUUCUGGGAGUUUGAAUUCUCAUAUUACCAGCAGAAUACGUACAUUUUAACUGUGUGAGGCCCAAGAAGAACAUUUGGCUCAAAUUAUCAGUUUAUUCUGUUGGUCAAUUCAAUGUCUGAUACAUUUACUCAACUCUGUAGGAUAUUAUUUCUUAAUUUCUGUAAUCCUCAAGUAAAAUCAGUAAUAUUGUUUCAUAAAUUCUAUGUCUCUACAGUGUAUCCCAAGUCUCUGAUGUCUCAGUCCCGCUUGUCCAUCAGAAAGCUGCUGAGAGAAGUUGGAAAAAUACAUCUUAUUGACCAGUUGGGGAUCCCCCAGACAAUUCUUAGAUAUCUGCAGCAUCAAAUCGGGGAGAAAUAGUUUAGCAACAAAACAGAAACGCCUGUGAAUCAUCUCAAUGCAAUAUCCACACCAGCAGCUUGGGGUAGUAACAUGAACUUGAUCAAAUGAACUUGAAAUUAGAUUAAACUGUUUUAAAAUCUUUCUUGCUGUUCCCUAAAAAAAUAUUAAUAGGAAUAUGUGUUUUAUAUGCUUUAUAUACUGUUUCACUGCUAAUUAAUGGGCAUAUAAAGUUGUUGUUUUUUCUAAUUAGUAUAUGAAAUAUCAUGUGACUUUUUAAUUUCCAUACAGUACUAAUAUAGAUAUAUCAUACUACUUACAAUGACACCUCAGGCUGGUUUUGACUUGUUAUAUUUUAAUGCAAUAUAUUUAGUGUGCGUUACAAAAACAUUAAAUUAAAAUUAAAAAAAAAUAAAAAGAAUCCUUAUGUCUUGGUUAAGGUGGAUAAUGAAUAGAUGCCUCACCACUAUUGUUAAGAAUGCUGAGUUCAUUUACCAUACCUCGGGCUCCGUGGAUGACUAACUCAGAAGUGUACAUUUUCUGUUAUGGACUUUGGUUUCUUGCUUAGUGGAUUCCCCGUAUUUUUUAUUUUUUUUGUACUUUGAAGUGUUAUCAUUUUUCUUGUUAUGGGACCCAACACUUGUUAAGUGUUUUUGUAGAAAUAAGGUAUGUAUUGAUGCACAUUCAUAUUUAUGAGUCGUUUACCCUUUCUGGUUUUCAUUAGUUUGAAAAUGUACAUGUUGGUUCUUAAUUAAGAAUAACAAAAAAAUAAAAAUAUUCAAAUCUGAUUUUCAUUUCUUCACUUCAUGUCUUCAGGAUAUGUUGGAUUUUCAGC